AUGUCGCUGAGCCGACCGCUCGCCGCCGCCGCCGCCGCCACCGUGCCCGACGAGCUCCAUCUGGAGAUCAUGGUGCGCCUCCCUGCGCUUCCCCAGGCGCUCGCCCGCGCCUCCGCCGUGUGCCCGGAGUGGCGCCGCGUCGUGCGCGACGCGGCCUUCCUCCGCCGCCACCGCGAGCUCCACGGCGGGGUGCCCGCCACGGCGGGGUUCUUCCACAACACCGUCGUCUUCGGCGGCGCGCCCGGCGGCGCCCGCUUCGUCUGCGCCGGCGCCGGCCCCCUCGCCCUGUCCGUUCCGCCGUCGGUAAGCCGCCAGGGUGUCCCCUGCUGCCACACCCACGUAAACCCCGGCGACGCAUGGACGGUGCUCGACUGCCGCGGCGGCCGCGUCCUGCUCGGCUGCUGCAGAUUCUCCUGCUACUUCCUCGUCUACAACCCCAUCACCGGCAAGCGCUGCCUCGUCAAGGCGGCAUCCCAUAAACGACUCCAUCUCCAUCACUCCAUCCGAUGCAACGCCACGCUGAUCUGCGACGACGACGACGCCGACGCCGACGGGCCGUUCCGCGUGGCCGCCGUGUACACCACCGUCACCGACGGCGGCCGCCUGUUCGGCGCGGCGUUCUUGUCGCGCACCGGCAGGUGGACCACGGCGCCGCAGGUGUUCGUCGACCUGCCGCGGGGCAUCGACCUCCGCGGCGAGCCGUCCGCCGUGGUGGGGAGCACGGCGUACCUCUCGGCGUACAGCUACCUCGUCCUCGCGUUCGACGUCGAGCACUGGACGAUGGCCACGUUCCAGCGGCCGCCGCGCUGCGGCAACGCCCGGCUGAUGAAGACGCGCGGCGACGGCGUGCUCGGCCUCGUCGGGGCGCUGGAGCUCACCGUCCGGCUGUGGGCGCGGGAGGCCGGAGGCUGGGUGCUGCGUAGCACCGUUGAGCUCUCCGACAUGGGGCUUCUUCGUGAUCUCCCAUCGGCACCGUUGCCCAGGUCUGAAAAAAACCAAUGGGUUCUUUGA